GAUUACAGUUUUUGUUUAUAGUAAUCUUAAACUCUGGUAUUGGGUUCACGAUUUAUAAGAGUAGGAGCAUUGCAGUGGAACAUGUGUUUUAUAAAUUCGUGAUUUAAAUUACACAUUCAGUGGUAUGGUUUGUUGCACGUAGGUCUUACGUCGCGCUUAUAUUCAGAGGACAAAUUUCUUCUGGAAUAAUCGAAGACUGAUAAUAAUUGGUGAUAGUUGUAAAAUAAUUUUAAACAUGAAUCUGUGCCAUCAUUCAGUUCCUUUUUUGGUUUAUUUGUGUAUUGUUAAUGUAUCCUGCGAAGUUUUUACCGCGUUGGCGGAUUUAGAAGAAUUAUUGGACACAGAAAAACUAGUUAUUGAUACCCUACAAAAUUAUAUAAAAGCCGAAGAGCAAAAGCUCGAAUUAUUGAAGAGAUAUGCAGACUUUUAUCAGCAACAACAUAAUAGAGCCACCGAAGAUGUUCAAUUAUAUAUUUCUAAUCCUAUUAACGCAUACACAUUAGUUAAACGAUUAACCACAGAUUUGACUGAAUUAGAAAACCUAAUGGGUUCACAGAUCAGUAGAGACUUCCUCAAUAAUAUAACACAUUUCAAACAGACGAGAUUAUUUCCUACAGAUGAAGAUCUUAAUGGUGCAGCCGUUGCAUUGACUAGAUUACAAGAUACCUACAGAUUAGACACGUCGUCUUUAGCAAGAGGUGAAUUGAACGGUAUCAAAUAUAGUUCUGAGUUAACAGCAGCAGACUGUUUCGAAUUGGGUCGUCAGAGUUAUAAUAAUGGGGAUUACUAUCAUACUUUAUUGUGGAUGACCGAAGCUGAAGAAAGGUUACGCGAUGAAGCUAACCACACGAUAAGUCAAAGCGAUAUUUUAGAAUAUUUGGCAUUUUCUACUUACAAGCAAGGUAAUGUACAUCUAGCUUUAGAUCUAACGAACAAGCUUUUGGAGAUUAUUCCAACGCACACAAGAGCAUUAGGUAAUAAAGUUUACUACGAAGACGAAUUACAGAAAACGACAGAUACUCCAAAAAAGAAAGGUGAUGACGAAUCUGAAGAGAUACAACAAGAUGAAGAAGUCCAUACAGCUGAAGCUGACCCCUAUGGAAAACAACACUACGAAUCACUUUGCAGAGGAGAAAUCCAACUUCCCCCCAAAAUGGUGGCGCAAUUAAAAUGCAGAUAUGUGACUCACAACAAUCCUUUUCUGCUCAUAGCUCCUUUUAAAGUGGAAGAAGCCCAUAUCAAUCCGAAUCUUUACAUAUUCCACGACGUCAUGUCAGAUCAAGAGAUAGAAACAGUUAAACGUUUAGCGAGACCGAAAUUUCAAAGAGCUACAGUACAGAAUUCAGUAACAGGAGAUUUAGAAGUAGCCCAUUACAGAAUAAGUAAAUCGGCCUGGUUAAAAGAACACGAACACAAACAUAUAGCUGACAUUGCUAGGAGAGUUGAAGAUAUGACUGGACUGUCAAUGUCAACGGCCGAAGAACUCCAAGUUGUUAAUUACGGUAUCGGUGGUCAUUACGAGCCCCAUUUUGAUUUCGCUAGAAAAGAAGAGAAAAACGCUUUCAAAAGCUUAGGCACUGGAAAUAGAAUUGCCACAGUUCUGUUUUACAUGAGCGACGUGUCGCAAGGUGGAGCUACUGUUUUCCCCGUUAUCGGUGCUGCUCUUUGGCCUAAAAAAGGUACUGCGGCGUUUUGGUACAACCUUCAUCCCAGCGGCGACGGUGACAUGUUAACUAGACACGCAGCUUGCCCUGUUUUAGCUGGAUCGAAAUGGGUAUCGAAUAAAUGGAUUCAUGAAAGAGGACAGGAGUUUAGAAGACCGUGCACGUUAGAACGACCACCAGAAAAUCUAAUAGUAUAAUGGGACAAUUAUUAGUAAGAAAAAAAUGGGCUUAUACGUUUCAAUCGAAGAGUAAGGGUAAUAAUAUAUUGAUGAGUUUUGAAGGAAAAUCCUUUCUAAUUCCUUUUUAAAUAUCAUUAUGUGGCAGAUCAAGAUACAUAAAAGUGCAUUCGAUUUGGGAAAGCCACAGAGUGAUUAAAAAAUGAAGAAAUUAUAAGUGGGGUAAUAUUGCCGGAAACGAGUUCAAUGUUACUAUAUAGAGGUCACUAAACAUUAAUAUUACGACAGAAAAAGUCUACGAGGUACCUAGUGCCCAGGUGGACGACAUCUACGUCUAAAACCCGUGGUAAUUCGUUAUGGCGGCUCCACAUUAGCGCCGUUAAACUCCGUAAACAGACUUGGACGGUUUCCAUGGGGUUAACGCCUGUUCUAAUAACUGCUUCUCCAUGGAGAGUAUGAAAUGAAUUACCAAUAAAUUGAAAAAUUCACUACACAAAGAAACACAUUGAUCGGCUCGAUACAUUGUCGCAGCAAAUAAAAUUAUUGCAGCAGCAGCUUCCACAUUCAUUUCGCUGCGGGUUUCAAGGAGGAUUGAGAACAUACCGUGUAUAUGGAGGGCACACUUGUGCCGUACAUUCAUGGCGGGAAUUCACGGUACUAAUGUGGAGCCGAAAUCGGCCGAUUAUAUACAUCCUGGUGGUUUUCGAGGUCGCUGAACACGGAUAUCACGAUGGCGAUGACCUACGAAGCACCUGGUGCUGGGGAUUGCUUAUUUAUACGUGGUCCCCUGAAGCCCCGUUGACAUUCGUUGUAAAAUUUGCCGUAUAUAAACAUCCUGGAGGUUUUCGAGGUCGUUGUAGACGAAUAUCACGACUGCGAUGACCUACGAGGUACUUUGUGCUCGGGAUUGCUUAUGUAUACGUAGUCUCCUGAAGACCCGUUGACAUUCGUUGUGAAAUUGUCCGAAUAUAAACGCCCUGGAGGUUUUUCGAGGUAGCUGAACGGGAAUAUCACGAUAUAAGGGGUCUGCGAGGUUCUCAUUAUUGAAAAUUGUAGGUAAACUCGAGAGUAACUGGUUCAUUUUCUUUUUUUCAUUAAAAAAUUGAACUCAUUCCCGGUUAAAUUAUUCGGGUCAUAAAUUCUCGUUUUUUAAGCAUUUCUUAUUCAUAAUUUUUGUUCACAAAGUUUCUUGAGGCACUUUGUUUGGGUCUUGAUCCGUCUUACUGUUAAUAAAUUUCUAAAUUUCGUGUUUUAUAUCCUUGAAUUUGAUUUCGAUAUGGCACAAGCCAUGGAGUUGUCCCCAAGCAACAAAUUUUCUACAUUCAAUGUCAUCAAGUAAUCAAUAUCUUGGCGGUGGAAUUAUACCAUAAAUAAUUAAUUUUAUUUUGUUUAUAAAACGAAGUUUGUUAGACAUAUACAAAUGUACAUGAAUUAACUGUAGCGAUUACUUCUUUGGCUACUGCUGGUCAAGUUUCCUCGUUCUCCUCUUUUUGAAAAUAUUCUGCCAGUUUAAAAAUACAUUAGCAAGGAUUUUCCCCAGCAUCUAAUAAUUUCUAUUUAAUUUUUGUGUAUAUUAUUGUUGUAACAUGAUUUCAAAAUAUUUCAGCAUACACAGCUUGAAUGUAUCUUUGCUGGAGCUUUUGUGGGAAUACAGUUUAUAUAAACUAUGGAUUUCUCUAAUUUCGUACUUUAACUAUUGUUUAUGAUUUUGUUGAUAAAUUAUCUUGAUUUUGGGUAUCUUUUAAUUAAAAUUUCAUUUAAAAACAAGAUAAUUCGUCAACUAAACUAUAGAUUAAACACGAUAGAUACAGACUGGCGACAUCGGGUAGUUGGUGCGGUGCUUUGAUGGUGAAAUACCUUAGACGAGCGGUAAAAGCGUCUUUUCGACAGAAUCUCUACACCUGGAUCGAUAUUCUCAGGUCCUCGAUGUCGUUGAAUGCGAGGAAAUCGAAAUUCAUGCCGUCUCCUAGCAAUAGGAACGCUCCCGCCAAAGAGAAGUGCUUUAUUUCAUUCGCAUGUAAAUAGACAAUUCUAACCUAUCAUUUUUAUUGAUUCAGGAACUGUUUUCGAGAAUAAUACCUCAAUAAUUUUGUGAAUGUAUCCACUCACUGAUGAUUGGGAGAUAUCCAAACAAUAAUUAUUACCUACAUCUUGCUGGUAACUACCAGUACCAAAAAACUUCAAUGCUGCCAAUAACUAAAUGAAAUAAUUUCAUUUUAAAAUUUAGAGGGCAUUAACAACUUUUAAUAGUAUAUAAAUAUUAUAAUAAAUACCUAGCAGCUAAAUUUUGGUAAUAAGUUUAUAUAAAUCAAAACCAAAUAAACAGUGAAACAGUUCAAACUACUGUAGUUUUUACAGGUUCGUCCUAAUUGUGUCAAAACAUAUCCGAAAGUUUUUUUGUUUAACCGAAAUAUUUUUUUAAAUUGAUCAUCACCGAGUUGUAUCAGAGGGUAUCUUAAGACAACUCAGUUGGGCUCUGCAACAAUUUCUUCAACUUCUUCUAGUUCUUCCAGCAUUGGCCGUCCAAUCUGGGAACGGACAUCUGGUCAAUAAGAUAGGAGAAUACAAUAGGCCUAAACUUCAAUACCAAAAAACAAAAUUUAUGAUUAUUUCGAGAAACAUAAAUAUGUUUAAAAACGCCAUCAUAACACCGCAGGAUCCUUGGACGGCUAGAUUGAAAAACGAAGAAAUUCUGAGAUGCAUCAGCAAACAACGGGAUUCGAAUGAAUUAAGGGGAGAAAAACGGCGUACCUAGGGCACAUUAUGCGAAAUAAAAAAUAUCAAUUUUUGGACCUACUGAUCGAAGGUAAAAUUGAAGAAAAGAGGGAUCUGAAAGAAGAAAAUAUCUUGACUGCGAAACAUCAUAUACAAUCCUUAAUACACACCGCAAGAAAUAGAGAAGCGAUGGAAAAUGUUAUCGCGAACAUCCAUUAGUGGAUAUGCAUUGAAAGAAGUUUCGAUAAAAAUGAUAAGUUAGAAUUGUCUAUUUACAUGCGAAUGUGAAAUGAGCACUCGUCUUUGGCGGGAACGUUCCUAUUGCUAGGAGAAGGCAUGAGAAUCGAUGCAACAAUGAAUUUCAAUCCCCUCGCAUUCAACGACAUCGAUAUCGCUCCAAGGGAGGACCUGAGAAUACCGACUCUGGUCGCUUCAUUUGAGUAAUCUCGUAUAUAAGAAAACGAUUUUUAUAUCUACUACCACAUAUCGAUUUUUUUUCAAACUAAUUACCAAAAAAUAAUUCUAUUCAAUAUUUGUAGAUUAGAUUUUUGUAAUAAAUUGUGUAUAAUACUUUAUAUAUUUUAAAGUUUUAUAUAAGUGUAUAUAAAUAUACUGUAAUAUAUUUUUUUAAAG